AGAAGCUUUUUUUCCCUGCCCUCUAGGCACAGUAGCUUUGAGACUAACUGCAAAAGGAUCUGUCCUGACUCCAGGUUGCACAAUGUGAGUAGGCCUCUCGCUGACUGUGGUCCGUAGCCUGAGGGCCCUGUGAGUCACCACAUCCUGGCUGUCAUUUCAGGUGAACCACUGUCUACCAGAGAAGAUUGUGGUAUACCGUGAUGGAGUGUCUGAUGGCCAACUGAAGACAGUUGCCAACUAUGAGAUUCCUCAACUACAGAAGUGUUUUGAGGCUUUUGAGAAUUAUCAGCCCAAGAUGGUGGUGUUUGUAGUUCAGAAGAAAAUCAGUACUAAUCUAUACCUGGCUGCUCCUCAGCACUUUGUGACUCCUACUCCUGGAACUGUGGUAGAUCAUACAAUAACAAGCUGUGAGUGGGUGGAUUUCUACCUUCUUGCCCAUCAUGUACGGCAGGGCUGUGGCAUUCCUACGCAUUAUGUCUGUGUUCUCAACACUGCAAACCUGAACCCUGAUCAUAUGCAGAGGCUGACUUUCAAACUGUGCCACAUGUACUGGAAUUGGCCUGGCACCAUCAGAGUUCCAGCUCCUUGCAAGUAUGCCCACAAGCUAGCUUUCCUGUCAGGACAUAUCCUGCAUCAUGAACCAGCCAUCCAGCUGUGCGAGAACCUGUUCUUCCUGUGACUGCGCAGCCUGGAGAUGGGCUGGUGAGAAGACAGGCAGCCUCUGAACUCAGCUGUGACUAUUGCAGAGUCAACGGAGACUGAAGUGGGCUUUUGUAUUAUUUUCCCUUUCUCCAACCCUGUAGAAUAAGAUUUCUUUUUUGUCUUUUAAAGCUAAUAUUGCCAAGAAGUAAGUUUCUAAGUAACAGCUGAAAAUGGCCUUGUUGUCUAUGUAGAGCAAGUUACGGUAGUACUGCCACUCUGCAGGUAGAGCAGGUGACUCUGGGGGACCAUUAAGAGCCUCCAGCCAGGCGCGGUGGUUCAUACCUGUAGUCCAAGCACUUUGGGAGGCCGGGGUGGGUGGAUCAUGAGGUCAGGAGAUCGAGACCAUCCUGGCCAACAUGGUAAAACACCAUCUCUACUAAAAUACAAAAAAAUUAGCCUGGCGUGGUGGUGCACGCCUGUAGUCCCAGCUACUCAGGAGGCUGAGGCAGGGGAAUCCCUUGAAUCCGGGAGGCGGAGGUUUCAGUGAGCUGAGAUUGUGCCACUGCACUCCAGCCUGGUGACAGAGCAAGACUCUGUCUCAAAAAAAAAAAAAAAAAAAAAAGCCAACAUGAGCUGCAGAAACCUGCAGAAGCAGCCAUUAUACUUCUAAGCUGUGCCCACCAAGUGGUUCCCAUUUCUGGAGCCAGAGAUUAU